CUGGUGAUCCUCCUCUGGUGAUCCUCUUCUGGUGAUCCUCCUCUGGUGAUCCUCUUCUGGUGAUCCUCUUCUGGUGAUCCUCCGCCGGUGGUCGGUCCUCCUUCUCUCCGGUUUGUUGCCGUGGAAACGUCUUCUCUGAGAACUAGGAAACUAAAGGUCUGAGCACAGGCUCACCAUGCUAUCCAGGUGGCCCUGUCCCCCUGGAACCUGUCCCUCACUGCUCCUCCUCUUCCUCCUCGUCCAAUCAGCUGCUUCCUCCCCGUCAGCUGACAACACCACAGCGGCCCUUCAGGAGGUGACUCUGGCCGCCAUCUUGCCUUUGACCAACACGGACUACGCAUGGGCGUGGCCUCGCGUGGCCCCAGCCCUCUUCCAGGCAGUGCGGCAGGUGAACUCUGACCACCGGCUUCUGCCGGGCCUGAAGCUCCGGCUAAUCCACCGCAGCUCAGAGAACCACGCCGGCUUCUGCUCGGACUCCAUGGCGCCGCUGGUUGCCGUGGACCUGAAGCUGUCCCACGACCCCUGGGCCUUUGUGGGCCCCGGCUGCGACUACUCCUCCUCGCCCGUCGCCCGCUUCACCACCCACUGGGAGGUGCCCAUGGUGACCGCCGGUGCCCGUGCCAUCGGCUUUGAGCACUACGCAGCGGUCACCAACACGGGCCCCACCCACCAGAAGCUGGGCGAGUUGGGAGUGAGGAUCCAGGAGGCGUUCGACUGGCGGCGGCACGCCAUGCUCAUCUUCAGCGACAACAAGGACGCCAACGAUGACCGGCCGUGCUUCUUUUCCGUAGAGGGUAUUUACACGCUGCUGGGCAAGCGCAACGUCACCAUCCGUUACCUCCCGAUCCAGGCCGACGCUGUCAACUACCGGGAAGUGGUCCAGCAGAUCCAGGACAACGGACGAGUGGUGUACCUCUGCUGCUCCUGGGACAUCCUCAGGUCUCUGAUGAUCCAGUUCUGGAAUGACCGGGUAGAGUUGGAGGACUACGUAUUCUUCUUCAUUGAUCUUUUUGCUGAGGGUCUGGGGGGGCAGGGUCCUGUCCGGCCAUGGUACAGAGGAGACCAGGACGACUCUGUCGCCCGCCAAGCUUUUAGGAGUGUGAAGGUGCUAACCUACCUGGAGCCUCAGAAUCCAGAAUAUCUUCAAUUUGUUGAAACUCUAAAGAAAGAGGCAAAGGAAAUGUUCAACUUCACGAUCGAAGACUCUCUGUAUAACCUAAUCGCUGCAGGUUUCCAUGAUGGAGUCAUGAUGUACUCUCAGGCUCUGAACGAGACACUGAGUGAGCAGAGACCAGGACCAGGACUAGGUCCAGGAGAGGUCCGGAGGCCCAAAGGAGACUUGGUGACCAGGAGGAUGUGGAACAGAACCUUCUCAGGAGUGAUGGGUCCGGUGGAGAUGGAUGAAUUCGGGGACAGGCAGGUGUCCUUUGCAGUGUGGGACACAGUCGACAUCGAGUCCGGAGAGUUCCAGGUCGUGUGUGUGUACAACAGCAGCAUGAAACAGCUGAUCAUGCAGGGUGGGCGGAGCUUCCAGUGGCCAGGUGGCUCUCCACCUCCAGAUGUUCCAGAGUGCGGCUUCAAGAACGACAAACCAGCCUGCCUCGCACGGACGGUCACGAUGCAUCAGAUGGUUGCCAUAGUGAUCUGCUUCAUCUUUGUCAUCGUCGUUAUCGUGAUGUUCUUCAUCUACAGGAAGUUGACGCUGGAGAGCGAGUUGGCGGCUCAACUGUGGAGAGUUUCAUGGGACGACGUUGAGUUGAGCAACCUGGAUAAGAUGAGGAGAGUCUCCAUGUCCCUGAAAGGAUCCAACUGCGGCUCUCUGAUUACCAUGGAGGGGAACUUCCUGAUCUACACCAAAACUGGAUAUUACAAGGGAAACCUGGCAGCUAUCAAGUAUAUCAACAAGAAACGUAUCGAACUGACCAGGAAGGUCCUGUUUGAACUCAAACAUAUGCGAGAUGUUCAGAAUGAGCACCUGACACGCUUCAUUGGAGCCUGCAUUGAUCCACCAAACAUGUGCAUCAUCACAGAGUAUUGUCCCAGAGGCAGCCUGCAGGACCUGAUGGAGAGUGACAUCACUCUGGACUGGAUGUUCAGAUACUCUCUCAUCAAUGACAUCGUCAAGGGCAUGUUGUUCCUCCACAACAGCGUCAUCGUUUCCCACGGUAACCUGAAGUCCUCUAACUGUGUGGUGGACAGUCGCUUUGUCCUGAAGAUCACAGAUUAUGGUCUGGAGAGUCUCCGGACCGCCAACUGUCCCGAGGACACGCACGCGUACUACACACGUAAACUGUGGACGGCUCCGGAGCUGCUGAGGACCGAGUGCCGCCCCCCCUGUGGGACUCAGAGAGGAGACAUUUACAGCUUCAGUAUCAUCCUGCAGGAGGUGGCCCUGCUGAAAGGAGUCUUCUACCUGGACUCACUCACGCUGACCCCUAAAGAGAUUGUCCAGGCAGUGCUUCAUGGAGGCCCCUCCCCCCUCCGCCCCUCCCUCUGCCUCCACAGUCACAGAGAAGAGCUGGGGGUCCUGAUGCAGCGCUGCUGGAGCCAAGACCCCCAAGAGAGGCCGGACUUCAACGGGGUCAAGAUCCUGCUGAGGAAGCAGCACAGGGGUCAUGGUUCUAACAUCCUGGACAACCUCUUGUCUCGUAUGGAGCAAUACGCCAACAACCUGGAGGAGCUGGUGGAGGAGCGGACUCAUGCCUACCAUGAGGAGAAGCACAAGGCGGAGACCCUGCUGUACCAGAUACUGCCCCAGUGAGUACACUGUAGUACUAGUACAUGUACCAGAUACUGCCCCAGUGAGUACACUGUAGUACUAGUACAUGUACCAGAUACUGCCCCAGUGAGUACACUGUAGUACUAGUACAUGUACCAGAUACUGCCCCAGUGAGUACACUGUAGUACUAGUACAUGUACCAGAUACUGCC